GUUGUUUAGUUUUACGGGUGGAAGAUGACACUCGUCAGGCCGUGAUGACGUAGCUGCAGGUCGAUCCCUUGGAUCUCAGCGAGCUUUUUCUGCUUCAGGUUGAAGCUUGCGUUAUUUCCACAGUCGAGCAGCGGUGUAUCAAUACUAGAUUGCGCGUGCACAUGCCCCCCCCUCCCAUCAUUUUCACGCCCCGCCUUGUCCACUGUGGAAUUAGUGGGGGGGGUUUCAGCCGUUCGUUUGUAUGUUUUUUUCCGUCACAUGGGCUCUCUGGGUGCAAUGUGAGCUGUCGAACCUGGCUGCGACUCGUUUGACAACGAUGGGGAUUUGAAGGAGGGACCGACGCAGCGCGACUCCGCAUCUUUCUCCCCGCAUCCUCUCCGCUGCUCGGAGGCUCCAGAGGAUCAUGCAACACCUCAAGCCAUGGCGAGCUCUGCUCCUUUUAACCACCCUGUGCCAACCAGCAAUCUCAGACAAAUACGGUUGCCUGUUUGAGAGACAGCUGUGCUCAUGGGAUCAGUUCUGCUCAGAUGACGGGCUGUUUGGUCAGUGUCGUACCUCUAAGCAGGACCUGGUCCAGUAUCAGGUGACAGUUCCUGUUCUGAAAAGGAUGCAGGAAGUCCUCAAACAGCUCAUGCAAGAAGGUCUUUCCUGGCAAAAUGACAUCACCCAAUAUAUUUUAUCGAAGGAGCUGAAAAGAGUUCCCCAUACGACCCGCCCCUCUAAGCCGAACCCUUCUUCCUCCUCUUCUCAUCCGUCUCAAUCCAAACAGAACAUCCCUCACCAACAUAGUUCUAAAUCGGGAUCCGCACCUCCUGGUGGCAACUAUCUGGACUAUAUGAUAGUCGAGUCUCCCCAGUCUCCACUCCGCAUGCAGACGGCCUCGUUAGACCCCUACACGUACCACCAGCAUAGAUAUGAAGAUGACAUAGAGAGGUCACUCAUUGGAGCUGGAGCUGGUUAUGCCCGCCCUUCAUCAAGGUCCCAGGCCAAUCAACGAGAUCAAGAGCGUGACAGACAGCUGCUACAGGAAGCCUUGUCUCAGUACCUGGCGUCGGCACAGCCCGCUUACCGCCAACGGGGGGGCUCAUCCGUGUCUCGUGCAGGUCUUCCUUACUAUGAAGACCUGGACCUGGCGAUACCAGUGGACUACGUGGAAGACUACACCCUGGAGGAGAGACUCGGUACUGCAGGCAGACAGCAAACACAGCAGAAUAAAAACGUUCCUCCACGGAUCACCGCUGUGUCAGGAAACAACGACGGCCUUCUCCAGAGGAUGUCAGGAGUCUUGAAGAAGCACAGAGUUGACCCGAGACAGCUGAGUCAAGAGCAGCUCUACAAGCUGGCCCUCAUUCUGCAGCUGAGGCCAACCCAAGACACAACAGAUCCGAUUGAGAAAGACCCCAUCUCCCCCAACGAGAUGCAGCUAUUGAAAACAAACAGUUACUCCCAAAAGCCGGGGAGGCCCGCCCCUGCUCCUGGGCCUCCCGGGGCCCCGGCUGCCCCCACCUUCUCCUCAGUCCCGGCUACACCUCAAGCCAAGAGUGCGAGCCUCCCCCCUUCUGCCUCCCAGCCUCCGCAGGCCGCGCCUGCAGAAGCUGGACCAGGCUUGAAGGAGCAGGGGCUAGAACCGGUUGAGGGUACAGGAGCCAAGGAGGAGUACGGCUACAUAGUCACCGACCAGAGUCCCUUGAACUUGUACGACGGAGUGAAGCUGUUGCAGCUACUGGCUGAUAAGAUUCACCUGACAACCAGAAGCUUCAUCAACAUAAGUGCGGUGGGCCCUGCGCUGACGUUCCGGAUCCGCCAGAAUGAUCACAACAUGACGGCAGCAGAGGUGGCCGCUAAAGCGCUAGCUGUAAAGAACUUCCUGGAGUCUGAGACAGGCUUAAAGAUUGUGCAGACCGGUGUGGGAGAGAGAACAGAUGCACGGGGUCUCCCCCAGGUAACCAGGGUUUCGCAGGGCUCCAGCGGCACCGUCAUCACCCUCGUGUCCAUGGCGGCCGUAGGAGGCGUGCUGGUAUUGGCCAUGGCCGUGGCCUGUUUCAGGCACCACGCUCAGCAAGUGGCCGGUGGCAAGCUCGGACUGGGGCCAGAAGGAGGAGCAGAAACGCACUUUGACUACCAGGAGCUGUGUCGGCAGCACAUGGCCUCUAAAUCCCUGUCCCGCCAGGACUGUGUGGGCGCGGCGAGCAGCGGCAUGGCGGGCCCCGCCGUAGCCACGGGCGCCGGCGGCCGGAGGGGUACGGACACGUCCCGCGUCAGCAGCGUCUCCUCGCAGUUCAGCGACGGCCCCCAGCACAGCCCGUCCUCCACCCACAGCUCCACCCCGUCCUGGAGCGAGGAGCCAGCCCAGUCCAACAUGGACAUCUCCACGGGUCACAUGAUACUGGCUUACAUGGAGGAUCACCUGCGUAAUAAGGACCGCCUCCAGAGGGAGUGGGAGGCCCUGUGCUCCUACCAGGCCGAACCCAGUUCGGUGGCCGCGGCGCAGCUCCCCGGCAACGUGGACAAGAACAGACGCGCCGAAUCUCUCCCCUACGAUCACACCCGGGUGAAGCUGAAGAGUGACGUCAAUCACAGUAAACAAGAUUACAUCAAUGCCAGCAUCAUUUUUGAUCACGACCCUCGCCAGCCAGCUUACAUCGCCACACAGGGACCGUUGGCUCACACCGUCGCUGAUUUCUGGCAGAUGGUUUGGGAGAACGGCUGCACAGUGAUAGUGAUGAUGACAGCUCUGGUGGAAGAUGGAGAGAAGCAGUGCGAGCGGUACUGGCCCGAUGAGGGCUCAUCGCUGUACCACAUCUAUGAGGUGAACCUCGUGUCGGAGCACAUCUGGUGUAAAGACUUCCUGGUGCGCAGCUUCUACCUGAAGAACGUGCAGACGCAGGAGACCAGGACCCUGACGCAGUUCCACCUGCUGAGCUGGCCGUCUGAGGGCACGCCCACCUCCACCAGGCCGCUGCUGGAUUUCCGCAGGAAGGUGAAUAAAUGCUACAGAGGUCGUUCCUGCCCAAUCAUCGUUCACUGCGGUGAUGGCACUGGCCGGACUGGCGCCUACAUCCUCAUUGACAUGGUGUUGAACCGCAUGGCCAAGGGAGUGAAGGAGAUUGACAUUGCCGCCUCACUGGAGCACAUCAGAGACCAGAGACCAGGCUUAGUGCGCACCAAGGACCAGUUUGAGUUUGCGCUGACAGCGGUGGCCGAGGAGGUGAACGCCAUCUUGAAAGCCUUGCCGCAGUGAGCCGAGGAGGCGGAGGGGACGCCCAGCGGGGCGCACGGAAAGAGGUGGAAAGGAAACACUUCAUGUAUGUCAGGCCAUCAAAUAAGAAUUUGCCGUUACUGCUCUUGUGUUCUGCAUGCAGUAUUUUACCAUCUGUUCAAUCUCUGGGUCUCUAAAACUUUUUGCAACUUAUAUCAAAUUAUUUUUGGCAGGAUGUAAAUAUGGACAGAAGAUCAAUUUGUUUCACCAAUAUGGCACACGUGUCAUCUUUUUUUCUACCUAAUUAGACACAACAAUGAGGCCAAAAGGUGAUGAACUUUGCCCUUGUCUGACAGGAUAGAUUGCACUUCUGUUUGAUUCCAUCUUUGCUUCGUUUCCCUUUCUACUGGACACGAUGACAUCACCUCAAAACACUCAACAUCAACAGAUGAUUUACCACCAACACUGAGAGGGUCCUUCGGCCGUUCCAUUGAACAUUACAGUUUACGUGGUUUAUUGUUAAAAAAUGGUGUCAAAUUCGUAGGACCUCGAUCCGGCUGAUACACAAACUCUGAGUGUGUUGUAACUGUAACUGCUAAUGUCUCGUGCGUGUUGAUUUCCAGCCGGUUUUCAUUUGUGAGGCUUGUCUCGUCUGCCGUGACAACAUGAUAGUUUGCUCUAAGCACUGGUCCUUUUGUAACGGAUGCUGUAGGUUGAUCGGUACACCUCGCCCUCGCCCUCUUUCUGCAGACAAAAUACCUUCUUGUUGUCUGACUCAGUGUACGGCCUUGUGAUUAAUGUAAAUAAUUCCUCCUGAUCAUUGUGUUUAUUUUGUGUAGCAGACAGAUAAUAUCUGUAAAAUAUCUAUAAAAAUGUAUUUUUGACUUGAUCUGAAUAAAUUUGUGACGUGAUGCAGCAAAAGAAAACUAAAAAACAAGCCUCGAGCUCA